CUGAGAAAUAUCUGCUGGGGAUACUUGGUGCUGCUAAACAACCUAUUGCUCAUGUUUGGCUGCGGUUGGCCGGUGUUGUCUAGCGAGUGUGUGUGUGUGUAUGUUGGAGCACACCGUUGAACCCAGGACCCAGGUUCGGGGCGUCCAAGCGGCGUCCUUCUGUAUUCCGUAUUCCGGUCCGUCCCUUCCACCGCCACCAGUCACCGGCUUCGUGGCAGCAGCAGCAGCAGCAGCAACGAACGAUCACGUUUGGCGUUAACAUUGGCGGCUAGUCAGCGGCCAUGUGCCUAGCCCAGUGUGUCCGGUGUCAUCUUCGAUUCCCUUCGCCUUCCGCACCACACCUUCCUGCGGUUCUUGCGUCGCAGGUACAGGAGUGCAGGUGAAAAUAGACGAUACGCGAUAUCUGUACGACGUGCCGUGCCGUGUGCCGCGGUUCGUGAGUGUAAAGUGAUGAAGGACUUUGCGGCAGUCAAUUGCUGGCAUGCCAAAUCAGUCAGGUUACUGCUGCUGUUGCUGUUGCUACAGCAGCUGCACUGUGGCCAAACGGCGGACGAGCUGUCAACGCACCUGCAGCAGCAGCAGCAGAUGCGCAGCUCCAGUCGCACCCGGAGUGCUGUGACGGUGAGUGAUUUAUCUGGUGUCGGUGGCAACAGUGGCCACCGGACGUCACCGAUGGCCCAGCAGCGGUAUAUCAUCGCUGGCCAGCAGCAGCAGCAGCAGCAGGAGCAGCUAUCGGUGGCCAUGAACGACGUCGAGUGUCCGAGUUUCGCCGAGAACUCCGCCUGUCCAUGCUACAAGUAUGAAGACGGCAUCUUUCUCGAGUGUCCGGGCAUCACGUUCGGGGCGUUAAGGCACACGCUGCAGAUCAUCGGUUCCCCGAUCCAGUCGCUCUCCGUGUACGACUUUGACCGGACGGUUAAGUCACUGACCUCUGAGCUGUUCGGUGGCUCGAGCACGGUCGGCAACCCCCAGUCCGGUCCAGUGAUGUUAGAUCCGUCCUCCGCGAGCGGUGGACCCGGAUCCGGAGCGAACGUCACCAUACGCCACCUGCAGUUCUCGCACUCGAGUCUGAAGCAGCUGCGGCAGGACAGUCUGUUGCCACUGCGCGCCCACCUCAAGAGUUUGCGCAUCGCGAACGGCAAGCUGGACGAGGUACCAACCAAGUCGAUCUCCGACCUGAAGAAGCUGAUGGUGCUGGACUUUGAGUCGAACGAGAUCAAGUCAAUCAACGAGUAUGCUUUCUACGGACUACACCUGGUGAAGAUCAACCUGAAAGGCAACCAUAUCGGGCGCGUCCCGCUGAAUGGGUUCGCCGGGCUCGAGGAUACGCUCACCGAGCUCGACCUGUCCGAGAAUCGGUUACGCCAGUUCCCGACCCUGGCCCUGCGCCGGCUCGAGAACCUUCGCCUGGUCCGGCUCGCCUCGAACGACAUCAGUGCGCUCGAGCAGGACGACAGCUAUACGCGGUUCGGGUCGCUCACCUUUCUCGACCUAAGCCAGAAUGCUCUGGUAGAGCUGUACGCGGACUUUUUCGGCGCAUUCCCGGCCCUCCGGACGCUCUCGCUCUACGGCAACGACAUCGAGACGGUUCACCGGGAUGCGCUCGUCUCCCUCAAGGAGCUACAGUCGCUCGAUCUCAGCCAGAACCGGCUCAUCCAGCUCCAUCCGGAUCUGUUCGCAGCGAACCGGCGCCUGCACACGGUCGACCUUAGCCGAAAUCACAUCCACUACUUAAGUGGGCUGUUCUCGAACCUACCGCUCCUGCGCGAGAUCUUCAUCAACGAAAACAACGUGCUCGAGCUGACGGACGAUUGCUUUGCCAACUCGACCAGCCUCAAGGUGAUCUACCUGGAGCACAAUGCGAUCCAGCGGCUCGAUAGCCGGACGCUAGCGACACUGACCGGGCUCGAGCAGUUGUUCCUCAGCCACAACCUGAUCCGCCGCGUACCGGCCCUGUUCUUCGAGGCGACCCCGGGGCUCCUUUCGAUCGCGCUCGACGACAACGAGAUCGACGAGCUGGAUGGGCGUUUGUUCCGGCGUCUUGGGCGGCUUCGGGAGGCCCGCCUCAAUGGCAACCGGUUGCAACUGAUUGAAGAGCGGCUGUUUGCCGCGACCGAAGAGCUGAUGGAGCUGCACCUGCAGGCCAACCGGCUGAGUGUAAUCGAACGCGGUGCCUUCCAGGCCUGCCAGCAGCUCCAGUAUAUCAAUCUGCAGGACAACGAACUAGAGGAGAUCGAGACGAUCUUUGCCGAGGGGGCGCCCCUCGCCGCACUCGGUGGUUCGCUCACCACCGGUAGCCUCGCCAACCAAUCGCCACUGAUGGCCGUCACGACGUAUGGUAAGCUGAUCAGCAAAACGGAAUCGGUGACGAAUGGGGACAGUCACCUGGGAGGUGGGCAGGAAUCGGCCCUGCUGUCAAUCCAGCUGAACGGGAACACCCUACGGCACCUGCACGGCCAUGCGUUCCUCCACCAGACGAGCCUACAGAUGGUGUGGCUGC